CUUCCAAAGCAACGCAACAGCAACACCAGCAGCAGCAGUUACUGAGCUUCUCUAAUUCUCCAUCAGCUUCCAAGGCAACGCAACAGCAACACCAGCAGCAGCAGUUACUGAGCUUCUCUAAUUCUCCCAAUUCAGAAUCUAUCUUGGUUGAAAAGAAUGCCACAAUGCCUUACUUUCAUCAAGCAUUAUCUGCUUACAAUACAAGUCCUGCAGGGCAAAAUACUGGGAGUUUGAGUAAUGGAGGAGCUGCCAUGCAUUGGAGUUUAGCAGGAGGCAGAGGACCUUUCACGCCAUCCCAAUGGAUGGAGCUAGAACACCAGGCCUUGAUCUACAAAUACAUCACUGCAAAUAUGCCUAUUCCAUCCAAUUUGCUCUUCCCAAUCAAGAAGGCUCUUGAUUCUGCUGGAUUUUCGACGUUCCCGAACGGACUUCUCAGGCCCAAUUCAUUGGGAUGGGGUUCUAUCCAUUUGGGAUUCUCCAACAACACUGAUCCUGAGCCGGGAAGGUGUCGUAGGACCGACGGCAAGAAAUGGCGGUGCUGGAGAGAUGCCGUUCCUGACCAAAAGUAUUGUGAGCGGCACAUGAACAGAGGCCGCCACCGUUCAAGAAAGCCUGUGGAAGGCCACACUGGCCACACCAGAACCACCACCACCACCACCACCACCUCAAAGCAGCCUUUGGCUUCUUCGUCAUCAACAUCCGUAGUGUCCAUUCCCGGUGGCGGUGGUGGCAGCAGCCUUGCUGUUGCCAACCAGCAGCUCAAGAGCUUGCAGCAGCCUGCUGCAUCUAAUUCUUCUGCAGCAACCACUCAGAUGAGCAGGAUGUUCAUGAACAAAGAGAAUGCGGGCGAUAGAAUUCAACGCACCAUGGGCCUCUCCAUGCUGUCGAAAGAAAGCCCAUUCUCGACACAGAAACAGCAAACCGGACAUGAAGAGUCCCCAAGAACAGAGUUCGGGCUUGUCCUCUCUGACUCCCUCCUAAACCCUUCACAGAAAACGUCAUACCCUGCAGAAACAAAUUCACAACACCAUUCCCUUCGCCACUUCAUCGACGACUGCCCUAAAACUCAAUCCGACUGCCAACCUGUUUCAUGGCCUAACCAACUCGACAUGCAAUCGGACAGAACCCAAUUAUCAAUUUCGAUCCCCAUAGCUUCCUCCACAAGCAAUGAGACUCUCUCACCGCUCCAUCUCUCAAGGGAACUAGAGUCCCCUGCCUCAAUGGGAUUGGGAGCAGGCAGCAGUCACGCCCUCAGUGAACAGAACAACAUCAAGCAAGCAAAUUGGAUUCCAACGGCUUGGGAGACUUCACUUGGCGGUCCUCUAGGGGAAGUUCUGCACAAUCCCAACAGCAGCAACGGUGCAGCAGAAUACAAGAACAACUCUUCAGUCCUUAAUCUGAUGACUGGGGGCAGCUGGGACAACAAUAACAAUAGCCCUUCGCCUUUAGGGUCAUCUCCGACUGGGGUUCUACAGAAGACGGCGUUUGGGUCUCUGUCGAAUAGCAGUGCAGGGAGCAGUCCAAGAGCAGAGAAAAAUAAUAGAAGCCAUGAAGGGUUUAGCCUUUGCAACGACCUCCUUGGGUCCAAUAUGUUCAACUCUUCCUCCUUGCCUGCCUUGUAGGUCAAGGAAGAAUAAAAAGAAUGAGUUUUUAUCUGUGUACUACCAAGAAAAAUAUUACUUGUGAGGUUUUCUAAUUAGUCUCUUUUUAUUUACUCGUGUACUUAAAUUUUAGUAUGUGUUCCUCUGUGGUUGUUGGCUUCCUUACUACUUCUGAAAUUAAGGCUCCUUUGGUUGAUA